AUGGCAGAACACUUCUGCAGAGAUUACCUCAUCUACACCCCCCACUACCCCAAUCCCAUUUCAUCACUAUUUACCCAUUACCCCGUACCUACCCCAAUCCCACCCUAUACCUACCCAAUCCCACCCUGUACCUACCCCAAUCCCACCCUGUAUCUACCCAAUCCCACCCUACACCUACCCCAAUCCCACCCUGUACCUACCCAAUCCCACCCUGUACCUACCCAAUCCCACCCUGUACCUACCCCAAUCCCACCCUCUACCUACCCAAUCCCACCCUGUACCUACCCCAAUCCCACCCUGUACCUACCCAAUCCCACCCUGUACCUACCCCAAUCCCACCCUCUACCUACCCAAUCCCACCCUGUACCUACCCAAUCCCACCCUAUACCUACCCAAUCCCACCCUCUACCUACCCAAUCCCACCCUGUACCUACCCAAUCCCACCCCUGUACCUACCCCAAUCCCACCCUGUACCUACCCAAUCCCACCCUGUACCUACCCAAUACCACCCUGUACCUACCCAAUCCCACCCUGUACCUACCCAAUCCCACCCUGUACCUACCCAAUCCCACCCUAUACCUACCCAAUCCCACCCUGUACCUACCCAAUCCCACCCUGUACCUACCCAAUCCCACCCUGUACCUACCUAAUCCCACCCUAUACCUACCCAAUCCUACCCUGUACCUACCCAAUCCCACCCUGUACCUACCCAAUCCCACCCUGUACCUACCCAAUCCCACCCUGUACCUACCCAAUCCUACCCUGUACCUACCCAAUCCCACCCUGUACCUACCCAAUCCCACCCUGUACCUACCCAAUCCCACCCUGUACCUACCCAAUCCCACCCUAUACCUACCCAAUCCCACCCUGUACCUACCCAAUCCCACCCUGUACCUACCCAAUCCCACCCUGUACCUACCCAAUACCACCCUGUACCUACCCAAUCCCACCCUGUACCUACCCAAUCCCACCCUAUACCUACCCAAUCCUACCCUGUACCUACCCAAUCCCACCCUGUACCUACCCAAUCCCACCCUGUACCUACCCAAUCCCACCCUGUACCUACCCAAUCCCACCCUGUACCUACCCAAUCCCACCCUGUACCUACCCAAUACCACCCUGUACCUACCCAAUCCCACCCUGUACCUACCUAAUCCCACCCUGUACCUACCCAAUCCUACCCUGUACCUACCCAAUCCCACCCUGUACCUACCCAAUCCCACCCUGUACCUACCCAAUCCCACCCUGUACCUACCCAAUCCUACCCUGUACCUACCCAAUCCCACCCUGUACCUACCCAAUCCCACCCUGUACCUACCCAAUCCCACCCUGUACCUACCCAAUCCCACCCUAUACCUACCCAAUCCCACCCUGUACCUACCCAAUCCCACCCUGUACCUACCCAAUCCCACCCUGUACCUACCCAAUACCACCCUGUACCUACCCAAUCCCACCCUGUACCUACCCAAUCCCACCCUAUACCUACCCAAUCCCACCCUGUACCUACCCAAUCCCACCCUGUACCUACCCAAUCCCACCCUGUACCUACCCAAUACCACCCUGUACCUACCCAAUCCCACCCUGUACCUACCCAAUACCACCCUGUACCUGCCCAAUCCCACCCUGUACCUACCCAAUCCCACCCUAUACCUACCCAAUCCUACCCUGUACCUACCCAAUCCCACCCUAUACCUACCCAAUCCUACCCUGUACCUACCCAAUCCCACCCUGUACCUACCCAAUACCACCCUGUACCUACCCAAUCCCACCCUGUACCUACCCAAUACCACCCUGUACCUACCCAAUCCCACCCUGUACCUACCCAAUCCCACCCUGUAG